AUGAUUUUCAUAUGUAUGGUUGUUUUGAAAACUACAUAGGCCUUUGAAAUAUAAGAAUUAGAUCCAUUGUAUUAGGUAGCACAUCAAUCGGUAAAGAUAUAAGAUGUUGAUUUUUAACCAAAUAAAUACUUUAGCUAUGGCAUUUGGUCAAAAUAUACUCCACUUAGUGCAAUACCUAAAACUGGUCCAGUUGGAUUAUUUGAAAGCGAUUGUUAUCACCUUCACCAUGUACUUGAUAAAGAGAACAACGAAUUAAACCUAAUAUAUUACGACUGUUUAGAUUUUGAGGCAAGCAAAAUAACAAAGACAAUUAAGUUUGUUAACGAUAAAGAUGAAUAAAAAACAUACUAAAUUGAGGUGGAAAUAUUUAAAUAUGAAAGUUUUUGGUAUUUCCUUGAAGUACUUGAAUGGCCACUAUAAUAACGAUUUGAAAUUUUUAUAAUAUCAUAAGAGAAAAUAAUAAUUCAUAGUAUUGACGAGAUGAAUUAUCCAUUCAAGGGAAGAGACCUCUAAUUUACUUUUGGAAGUAGUUUAAUUGUAAGUAAUUCAAGAAUAGAAUCUAUCUAAAAAGAUUAAAAAUUCUCAUACUUUCCUGGAACCAUUAUUAAAUAAAAUUUUAUGAUAUUAGAAGAACUGACGAUCAUUGAUUGGUUUGAUUAUGUAAAAGGUGUAUUUGCUGAUUAUGAAGUAUGUAAUUGUUAACCAAAUUAUUUUCCAAAAAUUGAAGACUUGAAUAUUGACUCUUAAUAAAAAGGAGAUUUUGUCUCAUAAAAUAUAAUUUGUGAUUCUUUUAUUUUUUCCGGCUGGGUAAAAAUCUAAGAAAUAAUUAAAGAAGACAGUUAAUUUCUAUAUCCAUUUAUAAAAUUAGCUGCUAGUUUUGAGGAUUCAAGAUUAUCUAAUGAUAACUUAUCCCCAUUUUAAAUUCAAUAUAAAUUAUCAGAUAAUUAGAAUUAAAUUAUAGUAACAACUUAUAGCUACACUUUUCCAAAAGUUUCAAUUGAUUUUUCUGCUGAUCCAUUCCUGAUAAAGGAAUCCUUUGAUAUAAUCCAAAACAUACAUUUAUGGCAUAAAAUAUAAGUAAAAUUAAUAGGAAACUCAAUGGAUAUUUAAAUAAAAUUUUAUGAGUAGUUAAUGAUUUUCGAGUAUAGCCUUAAAGUAGAAGUUCAUCAAUUUUAGUCGUACUAUCUAAAAUUAGUAUAUGGUAAUAUUAAGUAGUUAAAUUCAAAUUACUUAAGUAUAUUAAUGAGAAAUUUCUUUUUUUUAAAUUGCGAUCAAAUUUUUUCUGAGCAUAAUUGUCAUAACAGUUGUUAAGAAUGCGAUGGCCCAACUAAUGAAGAUUGUCUAUCUUGUUCAGAAGAAUCCAAGAGAAUUUAUUUGCCUGAACAUAAAGUAUGUGUCUGUCCUUACAAUACAGUUGAUGAUUAAAUUUGUAUCGGAUAUUAAGAAACAAAAUUAGAGUUUAUUGAUGAACCUUACACCAAAACUGAUUGCCAAUUUGGUUAUUUUGAAGUAGAUAAUGAAUGCGUAUAAUGUCCUUCAAUCAUAAGGGAUGAUUUAAUUGUUUGUGUAGAAUGUUUGUAAAAUCCUAAAUCUUUUAGUUAAAAGCCAUUCUGUGAAUAUGAUUUAUACAUAGGUCAAUCUCAAUAGACAUAAAGAUUAUAAUGGACUCCUCCUGAUUAAUUACUUUUUGAUGGAAAUGAUGUUAGUAUGUAUCCAUGCAUAGGGUGUAACAAUACUGCUAUAAAUGAUUUUAACUAUCUGUACUCAGGCUUUUUAUAUAGUUCCUUCCCUUCUAAAUUAAAUUGCCUAUCUGAUGACUAUAAGUGUCUAUAAAAAAUGUCUUAAACAUGCAAAGAAUAUGUUAUAUCAGUUUUUGGAGUUAGGUGUAAUAGGUGUUCUGAUCUUUAUAUAUAAGAUGGCAUCGACUGUAUCUUUAUAUUUGAUAAUAUGGAAGAACCUUGUCAAAAACCCUAUUAUAAAAGUUUUGAUAGAAAGUGUAAAUUAUGCCCUAAAAGGAAUUGUGUCUACUGUUUCGAAUACUAAGAUGACGAAUCUUCUUUCAAAAGCACAUUGUAUAAGGAUUUUGAAAGCCCUAAUAGUGAUUAGAUGAUAUAGAUUGGUUGUGCAAUGUGUGAAGAUGGCUUUAUUUUUGACUUUAAAAUUGGGGAAUGUCUAAGAUAUUAAUCAAAAAUUUAAACUUGUUUAAGAUCAUUUAUCAAUUUGGAUGGUAUUGAAAUAUGUACUCUCUCAACCUAAAAUGACUUUAGUGUUGCACCUGAAAUUGUAAAUUGUGAUACAUACUACUCCAAUUGUUUAUAAUGUGUUCUCACUCCUUCAUCAAAGCUACAAUGUGUACUCUGUAGAGAAGGUUAUGUGAGUUCUAUUAUAACUGGGAACUGCGAGUUGAAUUAGCUUUCUUUAGUUUUUUAGAACAGCACUUAUGUAAUAGAAGGUGGUGUAAAGGAUUAAGAUGGAUAUGUUCAGUUGAUUUAGAGUUUUUUAAUGUAAUUUUUACCUGACUCAUAUUAUUAUUCAUACUCUCCAGAAUAAAUAUCAUACUAGACAAUUAAAUGUAAAAAUGGGUAUGAUUUGACAAUUUAGUCAAUGUGUUUUUAAUAUUGUAGAAGCGAAUGCUUAAAUUGUUAAAAGGAUUAUUACAGUUUCAUUUGCAUGAGAUGCCCUUUAAAUUACUACAAAAGACCUAUGUUGGUUGAACUUAAUGGACAAUGCAUAGCCUGUUCUAAUUUAUGCUAAUAUUGUAGUGUGAGAAAUUAGGAUGAAAUUUCUGCUUUACAACCAAAUUUCGAAUUGCAGGAAUCAAAUACUCAAUUUACUACAAAAUGUUUAAAAUCAGUUAAAGAUCCGAAUAUAGUCCUCGAUACUAACUUGGGAAAUGCUAAAUACUGUUUUAACAAAAGCUGUUAAAAUUGGUUUUCAUUCUCCGUGUAUUUUACUGAAUGCAUGUUAGAUAGGUAUCUCCCUGAUAGUUAUUAAGAUGAUAUAAAUUUUUAAUAUUGUAACCUAGUAGGAGUAGAUUAAAUGACUAUAAAUUAUAUUAUCUCACUCCAAGAUAAUAUUAAAAUUUGUGAUGGUUUUGCUGCAACUUUAUGGAAUGGCUUAAAGAAGAAGAUAUUUUCUCUAAAGAAAACAAAUAUGCGAUUAUUUCCUGUUAAAGAAUAUGAAAUGCGUGUAAGCAGUAGAAUUGAAAUAUUAAACUUUGAUGCAGUAGAGCUCAAAAAUAUCACCUUUGUUGAGUUUUAUGGCUGUAAUUUAGAAAAUCCUGAUAACAAAGUCGAUAUAACAUUAAAUAAUAUAAAUUUCAUUAAAACCAGCUUUACUAGUCUGACAAUUUUCCAAACUAAAAUAUUAGGAAAUAUUGUAAUUUAGGAUGUUAACCUUUUAGAUUCUGUCUUUGUUAAUUCAACAUUUUUUGAUUUUUCAAAACAAACUGUUUUAAUAUCAUUUCAUAUAAAAAAUUUAACCUUUAAAAACUGUCGAAUAGAAAAUUCAAUAUUGUUUAAUAUUGACUAUAUUUAAGACAUUCUCACUAUUGAAAAUAUCCUUAUUGAAAAUUGCGUACUAUUAAAUUCUGCAUUUUUCACAUCCUAAACAGAUUUAAACCGUGCAACCUAAAUUAGAUUAAUUAACAUUGAAAUAACUCAAUGUAACUUUGAUUAUUCUUUUCUUCUGCAAGGCGACAGUAGGUUUGAAAUAAUUGCAAACAAUCUCUUUUUCCACAAUAACUAUCUUAAAAAUUCUGUAUUUAUUACUUUUAAUGAUAAUCUAGAUUUAGUUAAGGUAAGAAGUAGUUAUAACACUCUAAUUGAAUCUUCAAUUUUAUCGACAUUAAUACUCAUAAAUGAAUAAAGGCUUAUGUUCACACUGGAUGAUUUUGAAGAUGAUUCUAGUAAUUUUUAAUAAUCAAGUUUGAUAAUUGUUUAUUCUAGUCUUCAAAUCAAUAAUUUCUAUGUUAAUAUUAAAAAUGUAAAAGUUCAGGAAAAUAGCCUACCUGAUAAGUUAUAUUUAUAGAAUUACCUAUUUAAAUUUCAUUGCCACUCAUUAAUAGUUUAAAAUGCUUAAUUUUUAAAUUUGUAAAAUUUAGCCAUGUUUUAUCUUUAUGAAAUUAAUUAGAUAAACUUUAAUUCGGUAAUUUUUGAGAAUUCUUAAUAAGAUCAUAAAGUUCCUGUCUCGUAAUCUUGUACUGAUUUAAGUGAAUUCAGGAAUUAACCAUUAUACAUUAUUGGUUUUUAGUAAUUAUCGCUGUUAAACAUACAAAUAGUUAAUCAAUUUAGUAUUAAUUAUUCAUUAAUGGAUAUAAGUUUUAGUACUCAGUUUAUUAUUGACAAAAUAGGAUAAAUAAUUUUAGAAAAUGUAUAAUUUAGAGGAAAUGUAAUAUUAAAAAACAAAGUAGCCACAUCAUUAUCAUUGAUAAAUAUAUUCUCUCAAUAUAAUUUAAAUAUCAAAUUGACCAAUUUUUAGUUUAUCCAAAACAUAGUCAAUUAACAAAUUGAUGAACCACUUGACACAUAAACAAAUUUAUUACAUAUAAGUUCCUUAGAUAGCUUCCUUUAAAUUCAACAACUGUAUUUUAAUCAAAAUGCCUUAACGAAUUCAACUAAUCCAAUCAUUACUCUUACUGCAACUUUGAUUGAAAUUUCAAAUCUAAUCUUCAUGAAUUCUAAUUUUUUAUCAUAAAGUUUAUGGUAACAAUUUUACGAUUUUGAAUUAGAGAAUUAAUAUAAUCAAUAAGAAAUUAACUCAAUUAUUCAAUCAACAUUUAAAAUUUUAAAUUAAGGCAUCUAUAUUGCAGCUUCCACCUUUAGCUGUGAAGAUUGUUUUUUUUAAGAAAUUAUUGCUAUUAAAGCUUCUAUUUUUUAGAUUAAAACUCAAGGACAAGGAAUAAUAAAAAUAAGUAACCUUGAGAUAGAUUCUGUAUAUACUAAUCUAAAAGAUACUGGGAGUUCAGGUUGCAUAAGUGUAGAUUCAACAAACAGCCUUUUAUCUAUUGAUCUGAGACAAAUCAAAUUUACCAAUAUUUUCAAUAGGAUGUCUACCUCAUUAUUUUCUAUUACACCCUCUUUAAAAGAAAAUGUUAUUCGUUUAAAUAAUAUUGAAAUAAAGAAUUGUCUUUCCUUAAAGAAUACAGUCAUGUUAGCCAAAUUUUCGGCAGAAGUAAUGAAAUAAAGUUUAGUAAGUAUCAAUAAUUUAUCAAUUUAUUAAAGUGAAGAAUUGUGGUUUUAACUAUUUUCCUUAAUUGGUGAUAUAUCAUUAUCAGAAUUAGAGAGUAUUUUAAGCUUAGAGAACGCUAUGAUUUUUCUUGAAAAUUGUAAAGUUGAUAUCCAAAACCUAAAUGUUGAAGGAAUUGUAAUCUCUCCAAUUUUUAAAUUUUAUAAUGCAUUUACUUUAAGGCUUUUUGAUUGUAAACUAAUGUUUAUAAAAAAAUUAUAUUCCUUUGAUCUCAUACACAUAACUUAGACUAUAAUAGCUGAAUCAAAGAUUUCUAUUGAAAAACUAAAGAUACUUUAAAGUAUUACAUAUAAAGAACAAUCAGAUGGAAUUCCGAUCUUUUAAGAUUUGAAUUAUAAAAUUUUAGGAUGCAGUGUGUGGAGGAGCGCCUCAUAAACAGGAUAAACUGUUUAUUCAAAUAUAAUAAGUUAGAUAUAAUCAUCUGCUGAUCAAUCAAAUCAGUUGAUAUAUGUUAAAAGUAUCUCUGACUAAAACUCCAUUAGGCUUUCGCAUUUAGAAAUAAUAAAUAAUGAUGGAUCAGACUUUUCAAAUGGAAUGAUCACUUUUGAAGUUGAACAGUUCAAAAUUAUUAAAAUAGAUAAUAUAUUUUGCUUUUAAAAUGAUGUAAAAGAAAAUGGUUGUUUCUACUUUUUGAUCUAAAAUUUUAUUAAUUCAACUAUUAUAAUCAAAGAUUCUUAUUUCCUAUAGAAUAAGGGUAGUCUUGGAAGUGCUAUACUAAUUUAAAAUGUUAAAUUAAGAAUGACAAAUUGCAAAAUAAUCUCUAAUUAUGCAAGCAAAUCAGGUGGAGGAUUGUUUUUAUAACUAAAGGAUACAGAUUUUUAGAUUAAAUAAACAAUUAUUACUAAUAAUGAGGCCUUAGUUGGAGGAGGAAUUUACUUCAAUGAAGAUGGAACUAUACUCCUUCAAAAUUUUAUUAAAUCUUUCUUAUUAUUUAAUAAAGCAACAUAGUUUGGAGAUAAUCUUAUUGAAUCUCCUAGCCAUUUGACAUUGCUGAUUAACAACUUACAAAUGCAAUCUAAAAAGUAAGACAUUAAGUCGAUACUCAGUCAUCAUUUAGCUCUUCAACCUUAUAGUCUUAUCGAAUAAGGAAAACCUUUUAUUACAAAUUAUUUAAUGAUCCCAAGUAACUAAGUUAUCGAUUAAUAUCAAAUUUAUUAGCCUUCUAAAGUUCAAUACUCAUCUUAUAUUACAAAUUUUGUUCUUAUUCUAAAGAAUAGUUUAAACGAAUAACUUCCCAACCUUCUUAGUACUACAUGUACUCUAACCAGCAAGACUAUAAAUGAAUUAGGUUUGACUUAGGAGGAUGGGUUGGCUGAGCAACAAAAUUUGCAAUUCGAUUUAGAAAAAGAUUACUAUAAUUUAGGUUCUCUUUUCUUCGUUUUUGAUCCUUAUAAUUAAGAAAACAAACAAUUACAAAUUGAAAUUAGUUGUAAAUCAGUGUAACAUUAAAAAGUUUUGAAUUACAUUAUAUAAGCUAAAAGUUUGAAAUGCUAACUUGGAGAAUUUUAUGUAAAUUCCGGUUGUUAAAUUUGCUCAUCAAGUUAAGGAUUUUACUCUGUAGUAUACGAUGCAACAAAGUGUUCAAUAUUUGAUAAAACCAAAUUUAAUAACAUAACUGAAAAUAAUAUAGAAUUAUUAGAGGGCUUUUGGAGACCUGAUUAUUUAUCCGAUUUUAUAGAAUAAUGUUUUAAAAACUUUAAGUUUUGUAAAGGUGGUUGGGGAUAUGGAAAUUAAAUAUGUGAUUUAGGACAUAUUGGAGCAUUAUGUGAAGAAUGUGAUAUUUAUAAUAUAAGAGGAGAUGGAAAAUAUUUAAAAAAUUAAUAAGAUUCAUAGUGUAUAUCUUGUUUUGGCGUUGAGGACAGCAUAAUCCCAUUUAUAGCAGCAUCAAUUUGGUCGUUUAUAUCAAUUAUUAUAACUUUAAGGAGUAUUGAAUAGUCGAAUCAAUUAUUCAAGUGUUUAAAACUACAAUAAAGGUUUAGCAAAAUUAUUUUUAAUUUAGAAUAAGGACAUGAAAGUUUUUUAAUAAAAAUGUUAUUAAACUAUUUAUGGAUUUUCUCUGUUAUCUUUACAUUCAAUAUACAAUUCUCGUUUUCAUUUACUUUUGUUGAUUCAGCGAGUAAUACAUCCUACUCUAUGACUAAUAAUCUUGAUUGUUAUUUAUCAGAAAAUCAAGAAAUAAAGUUGAUUUACUCUAAAAUUAUUACAAUGCUUGUACUCAUGAUAUUCUAAUUUAUACUAAUAAUAAUGGGAUAUCUCAUUUAUAAUUGGUAUAAGAAGAUUGGAUUGAGUAAUUUUAACUUGGAAACUAUUUCUAAUACAAUUCUCUACCUUUAUAUUUCUAAUUAUGGUGGAUUAGUUAAAAUGUAUUUUUCAAUUGUCUCAAAAAGAACUGUUUCAAGUUAGAGUUAUAUACAAGGUGAUGUUUCACUAUUUUUUGGAUCGAGAGAGCAUUUAAUCUGGAUUUUUGCCUUUGUAAUUCCAGGACUAUGCGUUUUUAGUAUGAUCAUUCCUCUAUCUCUUUUUAUGGUUAUGUACAUUAAGAAAGAUUAACACGACACUAUCUAAAUAAGAAAGCAUUUUUGUUAUCUAAUUAAUGAAUACAAUAACAGAAGUUAUUUUUGGGAAGAAAUUAAGUUAAUUAAAAAGACAAUCAUUAUUUUAAUUUUAACAUAUUUUGAGACUUAUAUUCUACUGAAAGCAUCGUUGUUGGGAUUAUGUUUGCUUUUUUAUUAGUUAUUAGCUUUUAACGAGAAACCCUACAUUCUCUCCAAUUUCAAUAGCAAAGAUUUAUCUUCAGCACAAAUUUGCUCUAUCACAAUUUUUCUUGCUGCUGCCAAAUAUGUAGCUGAAUAAGAAAAUAAUUAAUUUUCAUCGAUAUCACUUUAGACUAUUAUUGUCCUUCUUUGUAUUAAACUUUGUUAUGCAUUUAUCAAGAGCAUAUUAGAAGUUUACUCGAACAAGUAUGCUAAUUUAAUCUUAAAUUACUUAUAUUUAAUUUUGAAUAUGAUUUCAUAAGAUUCAUCUUUGACAUUAAAGUUAAAAAAUUACUUGCAAAAGUCUAGUUAGAGAAAAAAGAGAUCGAAAUAUUUGAUAAAAAAACUUAAAUAAUAUUUGUUGAAAGCUUCCAAAGCUCAAUUAUAAGGUUAUUAAAAAGUCCUAAGCUCUCAUAUCAAGGAAACAUAAUCAACUGGAUCAGAAUAAAAAUACUUUUUAAAAAUUGAUACUGAUUGA